AUGCGCGAGACGGCGUCACUCGUGCGUGGCCUCCACUCGGCCGACCAGUCGUCGCCACCCGCGCGCGAUCUGCUGUCCGCCUCGAACCGCCGCUAUAUCCGCUACGGCGUCUCGUGUCUCCUGUUCGUAGCUGUUGGGAGCCUCGUGGUAGCACUUCAGCGCUCGCUACAGACGGGAACUGGCCUUCGAAUGGGCGAACGCGUGGCCAGUACAGCUUCCAUCCCGGACUCGGUCGACGCAGGUCUCGUGGGCCUACCGAGCGAGCUCUCCACGGGCUUGUCCGACGAGAUCUUGACACUUGCUGGCAAGCCCAGUACGUACACGUCGCGGCUCUUCUCGGGCUAUUUGCCACUGGCAAACGGAGGUCAAGCUUUUUACUUUCUGGCUGAGUCGCAGAGUGCCACGCCCCGGACGGACCCAGUGCUGUUGUGGCUCAACGGGGGGCCAGGAAGUAGCUCGCUCGCUGGCUGCUUCUCAGAGAACGGGCCACUACUGAUCAACGAAGACGGGAGGACGCUGCGAGUGAACGCUUUUGCGUGGAACCAACGAGCCAAUUUGCUCUGUGUGGAGUCUCCAGUGGGCGUCGGAUUCAGCUACAACGCCAGCGGGGUGUACGAGGCCGACGAUCUCUCACAAGCUCAAGACCUGUACGACGCGUUGCAACAGUUUUUUGCAAAGUUCCCCUGGCUUCGAGCAAAUGACUUGGUCGUUUCUGGAGAGAGCUAUGGUGGAGUCUAUGUACCCACGACGGCAUUGGCCAUUCUGAAAGGGAACGCGGCUGCUGCACACCUAUCGGAACGGAUCAAUCUGAAAAAGUUCGUGGUGGGCAACGGGGUGAACGAGUACUCGGGAUUGUCGUCCGUCAUGUUUGCAUACUAUCAUGGCCUUCUCAGCACGGAAAAGUACAAGAAGGUCCGCUCGAGCUGCCCCAACUUCCACGAGUUCGAAAAGACCGGUGUCGCAUUGCCAGGUACUGCUGGGGUUAGCUCGGACUGCACAUCCGUUACGACGGACGUGAUCACGGCGUUAGUGAAAGACCGCGUUAACAUCUACGACGUGUAUGGCUCGUGCGCUGGCUCACUUGAGGAGGACAUCGGCCGACUCGUACAGCGGGCUUUAACACCCACAGCUCCUGGUACACUACCGCACCCGAUUGGCAGUACGAUGGGAAUGUGCAUUGAGAUGCCGCAUAUUGAGUCCUACUUUAACUCAGCCGCGGUCCGUGACGCACUGCAUGUUUCCCCGGGACUCGCGCACUGGGAUGGCAGUGCCCUUACGACGACUUCGUUGAAUAUGCUGAGCUCGAUCUUCGGUAUCGAUCGCUCGCUGUUCGAGCGUUCCCUGAUGUUGAAGUACACAGCAACACUCAACUUUGAAGUGACGCAGCUGUGGCGCCAGCUACUUGACGCGGGAGUGGAGGGCGUGAUCUAUCACGGCGACGCCGAUUUCGUCUGUAAUGCUCUGGGUGGGCUAUGGGCAGUAGAAUCGAUGGGUCUUCCUCGCCUUGCCCCGCGCUCGGCUUGGACGUAUGUGGAGAAGGGCUCGAACCAAACGGGUGGCUUCGUCGAGCUGUUCCAGGGGCUCACGUACGUUACUGUGAAAGGCGCGGGUCAUCUCGUGCCGGCGAGCAAGCCCAAGGAGGCAAAGCAGAUGCUCGAUUUGUUUGUCCUGAACGACCUGAAGGCGUAA